CCGUGAAAACACGCUUUGUAACUGAUACUAUUGAUAACAACCUGAUAACACCAUUUAAGUAUUUCAGUAUUUGAUUUGAGUAAUAACAAAUAAGAAAUUAAAAAUAAUAAAUACACAUAAUUCAAAUGCUACAGUGGUAUUUACGCUUAAGAAUUAAAUACAUAUAUCCAAUCCAAGAUGGAAAUCGAUGACGAAGAUGUUGUAGUAGACGGCACAGAUUUGCAAAAGUAUUUAAACGCUGUCGGAUACUCUGAAUUUCAAGUCUCUGAACGAAAGCAUGUUGAAAAUGUUUGUCCAAUUGAACCACAAAAAUGUUCAAAGAAAAAAAUGAGAUCGACCCAAAAUCACAAGGAUUUUAAUUUGUGUGUAACAUUAAUCAAGAUAAUCAUAGAGAGUCAACUUAUUUUCAAAGAAGAUACUUUAUUUAUUAAGGAAUUUAUUCCAUCAGAACACUUUAAAAAAUCUCUAUUUCUUACAAAACAGAAAAGUUUUACUUUUCUUAUAUUAUGCAUAUUUUGUGGUAUUAUGAAUAUAUUUUUUUCAAAAUACUGGGAUGUAUGGACAACAGUAGGCAUGUUAAUUUUUUGGUUUGGAUGUGCGUUCAUGGAUGUAUUAUAUAACUUAAAACAAAAUAGAACAAUAAAAAAUACUGUAAUGAAAACCAUUCAAUCUAUGGAAAAAUUAUCUCUGUUGAUUCAAAAGUCAACUCAUUUUCUUCAAGAAUGUAAUAAUCUUCAUAACAGUUGUUCUGACACGUAUGCUGGUAAAAAUCCUAAUGCCUUCAAAUACUUAUUGAUGCCAGAAUUAAAAUCUUUACUUAUAACUGUGUUACAAGAUUUGAUCAACAAUCUUGUAUAUAAUAUAUCUGAUGUUCACACAUUUUUCCCUCUAAAAGAUUCUGUUUCCAAUAUUGCUUAUUUAUACCGCACAGACUGCAAAAUUGAUAUAAACAACACUUCUUUUGAAAAUAUAAAUAAAGCCAAGUAUACUUAUUUUCUAUUACAAUCAGAAUUCUUGAAACAGUCUGCAUUGUGUUUAUGCCCAGCAUUAUGGACUCCUUACAGUUAUUUUCAUGUAAAUCGUCUGAUUAAAACUAUUAGUGAAAUUGAAAAAGUAUAUUUAAAUUUAUAUAAUGUUUUAUAUGAUGAAUAUAAAGUAUAUUCAAUGUUUAAAAAUAAUAAUACUUUAGAAAAUAAACCAGUUCAAAGUAAUAACACAAAUUCUGAUCUUAAGUUAAAAAUAUAUAGUAUUCGACAUUUCUUGCAAAACAUGAUGGUGCAUGUAAGAUUCAUGGAAGACUCGAUUGAAAAUUCUUCAGUAUUCAAUAUUGAUGAUAUAAAUAAUACAUUAAAUGUUUUAGUAAAAGAAAGCAAUGUUUUUAAUGAACUUAUUUCUACUUUACAAAUUAAUAUACUAAAAACAAAUAAUCAUCAAACAGAUAAAACUGUAUUAACUAAUGAUUCUAGUAGUGUAAUUGAUAAUAUAGAUACAGAGAUCAAUGAACCAAUUAAAGAAGUCUGUGAAGAUGAAUUGUUUUUUGGUGUAUCUGAAGAAUCUACAGAAAAAGUGGAAAAUACAUUUUGUAAUGAAGAAGUAUUUGAUAAAUCUAACAAUCAUAAUUUAAUGUUAGAAUUGAAAGUAGCGCUCAAAGAUAAACAAGACGAAUGGAAACAACGAGAGUGCAAAUUGUUAGAAAAACAUCCACAAUUAAAUGAUUUUUCUGAAGAUGAAGAAUGUAAUGAAAAGCAUGUCCAGUACUUAAAUAAAGUGCGUAAAGUAGCAUUAGACUUGCCUCCUAAUGAAAGCUUUUCUAUGCAAUUACCUGAUAAAAGCUUUGCUAGUGAAAUUGCCAUGAUUGCUUGUAAACGAAAUACAGCAAUAGAGUGUUUUGGAGAUGAUUCUGAUUCGAGUAUAUCAAUGGACUCAAAUGAUUCUUAAAUUAUUUUAUCCAGCAAAUUAUUGAUUUAGUCAGAUUAUUGAAUAUUAAUAAUAUUUUUAGUUUUUGUGAUGUGUUCUAUUGCUGUUAAAAUCAAACUUAUAUGCAAAAUGAUUUGGAUUACAUGAAACAGUAUUUUAAUUCAAUUGAAGAUUCAAAUAACCAAGUGACCAUUUAAGUUGCAACUGAUUUAAAGAACAACAUGGUUUUGCAAUGUUCUGAUGUGCUUCCAAACUAUUUGUACAAGGAUUUUUUUUUUUACAAUUGUAUUAACAAAUAUAAAUAAGUUGAUCAAUUAUAUUCAAAAAUAUGAUAUUAUGAAUAAAGAUGAAAAAACAAUA